GAGCCGAGGAUGGAGAGCCGGCCGGGGUCCUUCCAGUACGUCCCGGUGCAGCUGCAAGGGGGGGCGCCCUGGGGCUUCACCCUGAAGGGGGGCUUGGAGCACUGCGAGCCGCUCACGGUGUCGAAGAUUGAAGAUGGAGGCAAGGCAGCCUUGUCCCAGAAGAUGCGGACUGGUGAUGAGCUGGUGAAUAUCAAUGGCACUCCAUUGUAUGGCUCCCGCCAAGAGGCCCUCAUCCUUAUCAAAGGCUCCUUCAGGAUCCUCAAGCUGAUUGUCAGGAGGAGAAACAUCCCCGUCAGUAGGCCGCACUCAUGGCAUGUGGCCAAGCUAUUGGAGGGGUGCCCUGAAGCGGCUACCACCAUGCAUUUCCCUUCUGAAGCCUUCAGCUUGUCUUGGCAUUCUGGUUGCAACACAAGUGACGUGUGUGUGCAGUGGUGCCCCCUCUCCCGGCACUGCAGCACUGAGAAAAGCAGCUCAAUCGGCAGCAUGGAGAGCCUAGAACAGCCAGGCCAAGCUACCUAUGAGGGUCACCUCUUGCCUAUCGACCAGAACAUGUACCCCAGUCAGCGUGACUCGGCCUACAGCUCCUUCUCAGCUAGCUCAAAUGCCUCUGAUUGUGCCCUUUCCCUUAGGCCAGAGGAACCACCCGCCACAGACUGUGUCAUGCCAGGCCCUGGGCCAACUAAAGCCACCGAUGGCCGAGCUAAUGCGUGUGAGACCUCAGAAAGUAGCCACAGUACUAGUGGGGACCGUGGGACCUCCACUUCCCAAGAGUCAUCCUGUCCAGAGGAGGGUCAACACUCAGGACCUGCCAAGAUGGUACAAGGUCCACCAGAGCCUCCUGUGAGGCGGGACAGCCUUCGGGCCUCUAGAGCUCAGCUCCUCAAUGGAGAGCAGCGCCGUGCAUCUGAACCUAUGGACUCCUUGCAACAGAAGGAGAAACAAGGCUUAGAGACACUGCUGCCUCCAAGGAGCCCUAACCAAUUCUGCUGCAUAAGUGGGCAAGACCAAGUGACAGGCGAGGGCCACCAGAACUGUGAGCUCAGCCAGCCUUCUGAAGCCAGCCAGGAGGACUCUGAGCAUCUACUGAUAGAGGGCUCCUCCAAAGCGCUUGAUUCCCCAAAAACCCAUGACAAGGGUUCUAGCAGAGAGUUCAGCCUGCUCAAGGAGGCUUCAGCAGAUUUGGCUAACCCUUUGUCCUUUGGUGCCAUCCCACACCUCCGAGGAAGCACAGAGCAUCGCCAUAGUGCUCCGGAACAGCUGCUGGCGUCCCAGUUGCAGCGCAUGCGCGUGGAUUCCAGAGGUGGCAAGGGGAUGGAGUUGCCAGCUGGGCAGGAUGGGCACCAGUGGACGGUGUCCCCUUUGCACAACAACCCCAAGGGAAAGAAAAGUCCAAGUCUCCCUACAGGAGACCCUCAGGACCAGCCUAUCAAAGAAAGGAAGGCCAGGCCCAUAGAUGAUAAGGCGAUGGGUCCCAUGUACCAGAGCCAAAGUGGUCCUCCACUUGGAGAGGUCAAUGGACCCCUGCCAGAACGAACUUACUUAGACCCAAACCGAGCAAGCAGAGCAGGCAGUGACUUGGCUAGCCAGCAGCCCUCUGCCACUUGCUCCCCUAUUCAACAAGCCAGAGACGUCUUUUCAACCUCUAAAGUGGCUGGUCACGCAGAAGCAAUUGAAGAAGGUGACAGUGAACCCAAGGAAGGUGGCCGAUUAGGUGGCAGAAGGAGUGGAGGUCCCCGGGGCCGCUCCAUCCAAAACCGGCGGAAGAGCGAGAGGUUUGCUACCAAUCUUCGUAAUGAAAUUCAGAGGAGGAAAGCCCAGCUCCAGAAAAGUAAGGGUCCAUUGUCACAGCUGUGUGACACUAAGGAGCCAGUUCAAGAGACCCAAGAGCCUCCAGAAAGCCCCCCACUCCCUGCUUCUAACUCUGCUCUCCUGUCUUCAUAUAAAGAAGUCCCUAGCCCGGGAGAUAAGCUCUUCAAUAAAAGCAUGAUUCUCAGGGCUAGGUCUUCAGAAUGCCUCAGCCAAGCCUCAGAGAGCUCCAAAGCUAGAGUAGGCUUAGAGGGAAGGCUAAGCCCUGGCCAGAGGUCAGGCCAGUCUUCUUUGAGCCUGAACACCUGGUGGAAGGCAUCUGACUCACCCUCCUUAGACACGGACAAAGCAAAUGCUCCCCCUGGGGUCUGUGGAGGUCAAUGGAGAUGGUCGCCAGAAUAUAACCCACAGCCUCAUGUGCCACUAUCCACAGAAGGUCCUUCCAGCCCAGAUGACAGCAAGGAACUGAAGGCAUCUACUGCUCAAGCUGGGGAAGAAGCCAUUCUCUUGCCGUUUGCAGACAGAAGAAAGUUUUUUGAAGAGAGCAGUAAAUCCUUGUCUACAUCUCAUUUGCCAGGCUUAACCACUCAUAGCAACAAGCCUUUUAUCCAGAGACCAAAGCCUAUCGACCAAAACUUCCAGUCAGUGAGCUAUAGGGAAUUGAGAUGCCAUCCCCUGGACCAAUCAUAUCAUUCCACAGACCAACCAUACCAUGCCACAGACCAAUCAUAUCAUUCCAUGUCACCACUUCAGUCAGAAACUCCCACUUACCCAGAAUGCUUUGCUACCAAAGGCCUAGAAAAUUCCCUGUGCUGUAAGCCACUGCACUGUGGGGAUUUCGAUUACCACAGGACCUGUUCCUAUUCCUGCAGUGCUCAGGGAACUGUAAUGCAUGAUCCUUGCAUUUAUUGUUCUGGAGAAAUCUGCCCUGCAUUGCUAAAGAGAAAUUUGUUGCCAAAUUGCCUCAACUGUAGGUGUCACCACCACCAAUGCAUUCGAUGUACAGCUUGCUAUCAUAAUCCUCAGCAUGGUGCCCUUGAGGACAGCAGCCUGGCAUCUGGCAGUGCUUGGAAAUCCAGGAAGUCAGCAAUACAGGAAUUUCCUGGGGACAAGUGGAAGCCAAUAACCGGCAACAGGAAAACUAGCCAUUCAGGGAGGGAAAUGGCUCAUUCUAAGCCCAGCUUUUCAUGGUCUACUCCCUUCCACCCUUGCCUUGAAAACCCAGCACUGGACUUGUCAAACUACCGAGCAAUCUCAUCUCUUGACCUCCUUGGAGACUUCAAACUCGCCUUGAACAAAGCAGAGGAAUCUUCAGUUUAUGAAGAUGGGAGUUCUGUUGCCUCCAUGCCCCGCCCACUGCGAAACCGAGCCUUCUCAGAGAGUCACAUCAGCUUGGAGCCUCCAAACCCCCGGGCCUGGGGGAUGCCUCAGAGGGAACCAUUUACUAAAGCCAGUGAGACUCAGCCAGAACUCCUUGGGGCCCGAAAGAAGGCUUUCCCUCCCCCUCGCCCUCCUCCUCCCAACUGGGAAAAAUAUAGGCUGUUCCGUGCAGCCCAGCAGCAGCAGAAACAGCAGCAGCAACAGCAGCAGCAACAACAACAACAGCAGCAGCAGCAGCACAGGUGUGAUGAGGAAGAUGAGGAAGUAGAGGAGAAGAAGGAGCAAGAGCAGGAGGAGGAGGGACGGAAAGAGGAGGACCUACCACCCCAGUAUUUUAGUUCAGAAACCACUGGUUCCCAUGCCCCUAAUCCAGAUGAGGGCCUGGAACCGCCACAAUCCCUGAAGGUGGGCCACCCGGAGGCCUCAAGGCAGGCCUCACAGAGUCUCCCAGAGCAAGAGGUCUUUGCUCAUCAUCCCAGUGAUUUUGUGCCUCCUGGAAGGGGCCACACUGGAGCCCAGCCUGAGAAAGCUCAACCUCCUUGCUAUUAUGGCGCUCGUGGAUUGUGGAGGACAACUGAGCAGGAAGCCACUGUGACCCCAAAACAAGAGUUUCAGCAUUUCUCACCUCCGCCAGGGGGCCCAGGAAUCUCUACCUCUUACUCGGCAUAUUAUAAUAUCUCUGUGGCCAAGGCGGAACUGCUGAAUAAAUUAAAAGAGCAGCCCGAGAUGGCAGAGGCAGGCCUGGGAGAGGAGGGAGUUGACUAUGAACUGGCUCAAAAAAAGAUUCAGCUCAUUGAAAGCAUUGGCCGGAAACUUUCUGUCCUGCGGGAGGCUCAACGAGGGCUCCAGGAUGAUAUCAAUGCCAAUUCUGCCCUUGGAGAAGAGGUAGAGGCCAACUUAAAAGCAGUCUGCAAAUCCAAUGAGUUUGAAAAGUAUCAUCUGUUUAUUGGGGACCUGGACAAAGUGGUCAACCUGUUGCUGUCACUCUCUGGACGACUGGCCCGGGUAGAGAAUGCUCUCAACAGCAUCGAUUCAGAGACCAGCCAGGAGAAGUUGGUGCUGAUAGAGAAGAAGCAGCAGCUGACAAGCCAGCUGGCAGAUGCCAAGGAGCUGAAGGAGCACGUGGACCGCCGGGAGAAGCUGGUGUUCGGCAUGGUCUCCCGAUACCUGCCUCAGGACCAGCUCCAAGAUUACCAGCACUUUGUGAAGAUGAAGUCUGCACUCAUCAUUGAACAGAGAGAGCUGGAGGAGAAGAUUAAACUUGGGGAAGAGCAACUUAAAUGCCUCAAAGAGAGCCUGAACUUGGGGCCCAACAAUUUCUAAUUCUGUGGGUGCCCCUGCACCCCUGCCCAUCUGCAGGGGAAAGUGCUUUCAGUCUCCAGUAGCAGGUGCACUAGCCAAGUAUAUAGAAAGUACUUAGCAGAUGGUUUCAGCCAUCCCCCAAAGAGAGCCUGGGACGGCCCCAGGGCUGCAGCAAGGUGUGGUUGUACUACCAUGCUCUUUCCCAGUGAGUGGGAGCCCUUCGCUGCCCAUUGAACCAUUAAAGUGCCUUCAUCUCUGUACUA